UAGUAAAAGAAAGGCAUAAUAAGUAAAAGGACUAAAAGAUGUCACAACAAACAGCUCUUGUACAGACUACCAAUGCAGGUUCUGACAUAACACCUGUACUUGGUAGUUUACAAUCUAUAGGGCCUAAUACUCAGGCAUCAUCUAAUGUUCCUAAUAUACAGAGUGGCAAUACAGUAGUACAGAUAUUACAGCCUCAGACACAGUCUCAACAGGCACAAUUUGUAACACAAUCUCCAAAACAACAGGUAGUGCAGCAAUCAUCUACGCAACAGCAACAACAAUCCCAACACCAAAGUUCUUUUAAUGAUUUUCCUCAGUUUUUGACUAAAACUCGAUUACAAGAUCUUGUGAAAGAGGUGGAUCCCACUGAACAGCUAGAUGAAGAAGUAGAAGAAAUGCUUUUACAGUUGGCAGAUGAUUUUGUGGAAACAACUGUAAAUGCAGCAUGUUUAUUGGCUAAGCAUCGUCAUGCUAACACUGUAGAAGUAAAAGAUGUACAAUUACAUUUAGAAAGAAAUUGGAAUAUGUGGAUCCCUGGUUUCGGUACAGAUGAAGUACGUCCAUAUAAGCGAGCAACAGUUACAGAGGCACAUAAACAAAGAUUGGCUCUUAUAAGAAAAUCAAUAAAAAAAUAUUAGUCUUCCAA